CUUUGUCAUUUCUGUGCCUGGAGACACUGCUGGAUGUUUGCAUUGGAGUCAUUGCUGCUUUGCUCCUAUUCAUAAUGUGAGCUCAAGUGCCAGCACUUUAUAUCUUUAUUAUUAUUGUUUUUUUUAACGCUUGGACCCCCAUUUUUUUGAUACUGUGGAGGGGAAGGGGGUGCAGCUCAUUGCCUCCAGUUGGGGGCACCGUGUUAGUUUGUGCACAUCUGUGGACCCGUUGUGGUUAGGAUUUAACCAUCCUUGUGUUCUCCCGGGAGUGUGUGGAUUACAAGGUGAACAUCUUCGGCAUCGUCUUGCUCAUCUUUCAUUGGAGGGAUUGCCAUGGCUACAAGUACCACAGGCUCCACAGUGCUGCUCCCCCUCAGCCAUGCAGUACAGCUGCCUAUAGACCAGGUGAACUUUGUAGCGUGCCAACUAUUUGCCUUGCUUGCUGCUAUCUGGUUUCGUACCUACCUUCAUUCAAGCAAAACUAGCUCUUUAAUCAGACAUGUGGUUGCAACCCUUCUGGGCCUGUACCUUGCACUUUUUUGCUUUGGAUGGUAUGCCUUACAUUUUAUUGUGCAAAGCAGUAUCUCCUAUUUCAUCAUGGCCGUGGUAGGCGUGGAACAUAUGCACAAAUACUGCUUUGUGUUUGCUUUGGGAUACCUCACCUUGUGUCAAAUAGCGAGAGUCUAUAUUUUUGACUAUGGACAGUAUUCUGCAGAUUUUUCUGGGCCAAUGAUGAUUAUUACACAGAAAAUAACAAGCUUGGCUUUUGAAAUCCGAGAUGGAAUCUUUUGUAAAGAAGAAACACUGACCCCAAGUCAGAGAAGACUUGCUGUUAGACGCAUGCCAAGUCUACUGGAGUAUUUGAGUUACUGCUGUAAUUUCAUGGGCAUCCUAUGCGGACCGCUAUGCUCCUAUAAAGACUAUGUUACUUUCAUUGAAGGAAGAUCGUUGCAAGUGAAAGGAGCUGAAGUCAAUGGCAAAGAAGACCUAAAAUAUGACCACAAGGAGCCAUCGCCUAAUAAUGUUGUUGUGCAUAAACUUGUGGUCUGUGCAAUAUCCUUAGGAUUCUACAUGACCGCCACCAGGAUAUUACCUGUAGAAUAUAAUAUAGACGAACGCUUUCAGGAAACAUCAUCAGUGCCCACAAGAGUCAUUUAUCUCUACUUCUCUCUCUUGGCUGCAAGACCAAAGUAUUAUUUUGCUUGGACCUUAGCGGAUGCGAUCAACAAUGCUGCAGGUUUCGGUUUCCAAGGCUAUGACAAAGACGGGGAAGAGGACUGGGAUCUAGUGUCAAAUCUGAACAUCAAAGGUAUAGAGUUCUCUACAAGCUUUAAGAUGUUCAUUGAUAACUGGAACAUACAGACUGCACUGUGGCUAAAGAGAGUAUGUUAUGAACGCAACAGUCUCAACCCGACAGCUAAGACCUUCCUAUUGUCAGCGGUGUGGCACGGCGUAUAUCCAGGGUAUUACCUGACCUUCUUUACUGGAAGUUUAAUGACCUUGGCAGCACGAAAUAUAAGAAACAAUGUCCGACAUCACUUUCUUCAAUCUCCAGAACUGAAAUUAAUAUAUGAUGUGAUGACGUGGAUAGCAACACAGGUGGCGAUCAGCUACACAGUGGCACCGUUUGUGCUCUUAUCGGUAAAGCCAUCACUACAGUUUUACAGCUCCUGGUACUACUGCCUACACAUCGUCUGCGUAUUGGUGCUGUUACUCAUGCCAGCCCGGGCUAGGAAAAAGGAAAGAACUGAAAAGGAACCCAUCGCUCCUCCACUGGAAAAAGCGAAUAAAGAAGAACACAACUCUGAACACAACAGCCAUGCCACCACAAACAAUAACAGCAGUCAGCGGGAAGAGACAGCCUGGAGGCGCCCCAGCGCGCCCCCACAAUGACCCAUAGACAAAAAUUUUAUAUGUUUUUACGAUUCCAUUUUUAGAACCUCCAAUGGGUUUGUGAAUUGUGCACAGGACAAGAUGGCAUUACAAAGCAUUUCUAAUGUAAGGAUAGCACCCCAAGGGAAGCUCGUUGACCCCACAAUGCCGUGCCAUGUGGGCCCUAGCCUUACAAUAUUUCCAUUAUUUUAUAAUGGGCACUCAGGACUUGUAACAUACGCUCUUAGGACCAUGUUAUAUGUGUAUGUUCCUUUUUUUUUUUUUUUGACGAACGCUCGAUGUCUCCAGGCACUGCAGGGGUUAACAAUUUGGGCACACAAAAAAAAAAAGUAGAGAUCCAGAAAAAAUGUUUCCGAACCCUUUGCCUUAAUCCCUUCUCUAUCUCUCUACUGAAUGAGGAUAUUGCUGAUGUUUUCGAGGGGCUUGGGUAUGAGUAAUCGUCCUAUCCGUGGUUCUGCCAAGAAGGGUAGUAAUAAAAGCAGUAUUGUCAAUGAAUCCUAGUAAUAAUACCUAGAACUCCGCUCUGAAACAAAGCUACGAAUCGGGCAAUCCGUCCAAGCAAAUCACCGCCACGGGACCAGGCCACGAGAAUGUGUGGUGCUAAGAGGGUUGGUGCUGCAGCGUCCCAGCAGGAUCACUUUCGUCCGAUUGAUAUAGCAUAACGUGCGUAGAAGUCGACAUUCUAGUUUAGCCGGUCUUGCCGUCGUUUAUCGGUGUCUCCAUACACUGAUAUGAUAUUCUUGAAUCGGGGUUGGUUUGUUUGUGGACUGCUCAAGUUUUCACAUAUAUCUCAUUAUGUUAUUGUUUCUUUAGACCCGUGUUUCCUAACCAGAGUGCCUCCAGC